AAAGCAAUGGCCGCAUCGUUGAAGCAUGUUUUCCGAUUUUCGGCAAAGUUGUCCAAAUGCGGGAUCCUGCGUGUACCCCACUUGUCAGGAAGACGAGUUGCCAUUUGUCGUACACUCAGCAGUGAUUCCAAAGACCCAGAUACUGGAUCAAAAGCAAAACUAGAUCUUGCAAAGCCUAAAAAUAGACGGAAAGAGAUAGAUGAAAGAAAAGUGGAGGCUGACCGAGCUAAAGAAAUUGGUUUAGAUCAUAAACUUGUGAAAGCAGCGGAAUCAGUUGCAGAGUCACUUGGAGGAGAUGUGAAGCAGACCCAGUCAGACCUGCUACAGCAGCUCAAGGUGCAUGCUACUAAAGCAGUUGAAGAGGAACCAGAGCAAGUGCAGAAAAAAAGCGCUCAAUCUAUGAGCAUGGGUGAUCUAUUAUCCAGUAUGAAGUUUGAAAGAACGACUUCGAGAAGACGAGGAGCACCCAGUAAGCCGAGAGCAAAGGAUUCCUCCUCUUCCUCUGAUGAUGAUGAUACCCCACGCAAGAGAGAUCGCUUCCCCAAUACAAUUGCACAAAGAGAAUUCCAACAGUCAAGUUUCAGAGAGGAAAGAGUAAAGUCUAUGGAGGAAAUAUUUAAAGGAAACCGACUGAAUAUCUUCAACACCAAUGAUGACUUAGAAGUAGAAAAGAAAACCGUUGCUGAGCCACCAAGUAAUCCAUUAUUUGAUGAAGCUGAUGCUGCCGAGUUCCUUCGCCUGUCAUCUGCUCCCCCAGCCAAUGCCUUUGAAGAAAUGAUACAGUGGACUAAGGAGGGGAAACUCUGGCACUUCCCAAUUGAUAAUGAACAAGGGUGGGAUGAAGAGAAAAAAGUUGGAUUCCAUGAGCAUGUUUUUCUGGACAACCUCUUGGCGGAUUUUCCUCAGACGCCGUCAAUCCAACAUUUUAUGGAGCUUGUUGCGACUGGACUUUCAAUGAAUCCAUAUCUGACUGUUGAAAUGAAGAAGGAACACAUCAAUUGGUUCAAGGAAUAUAUCACUAGUAAAAUGCAUUUGAUAGAAGAUGACACUGAUAAAGCUGCUCAAGAGAGUCUAAGUUGAGAUCUGAUUUGAUUUUAGAUGUGAUCUGUUUCUGUUUUAAAUAGUCAUUGCAGAUAAGGAAUUUUCUGAAUUAUCAUAGUGAGAUAUUAUGCAUGGAUGAUAUUCUGAUUUCAUUAUGCAAAUUGAAAGCUUUUGUUGGAUUAAAAAACGUC